GACGCAUCGCAUUCGUGUUUUAUCGGCGAAAUCUGCACCACAUCCAAUUUUAUCAACAUCCAAGUUUCAUCCAGAUUUUGACAAGUUUUCUCCAUCCAUUCCCCCUUACACUCCACCAGAAUGGUGCUGAAAUGUCGUUUCUACGCGCAGCGCUACCCGGAGAUCGACGAAGUGGUGCUGGCCAAUGUGCGCUCCAUCCAGGAGAUGGGCGCCUACGUCGAUCUGCAGGAGUACAACGACACAGAAGGUAUGAUCCUGCUAUCGGAACUCAGUCGUCGCCGCAUCCGUUCCAUCAACAAACUCAUCCGUGUCGGGCGCAGUGAAGUCGUGGUGGUGAUUCGUGUGGAUAAGGAGAAAGGGUAUAUUGAUCUCUCCAAACGACGCGUUUCCCCAGCCGAUAUCAUCAAAGCCGAGGAGAAGUUCGCCAAAGCCAAGUCUGUAAACAGUAUUCUGCGACACACGGCGGAGGUGCUGCAUUACAAGACGGAUCAGGAAUUGGAGGAUUUACACUGGAAGACGGCCUGGUAUUUCGACGAGAAGUUCAAGAAGCAGGCGGCCAGCUAUGAUGUUUUCAAGCACGCCGUUACUGAUCCCGCCAUCCUGGAUGAGUGCAAUUUGGAUGAACGAACGAAGGAAGUGCUGAUUGCCAACAUUAAACGACGUCUCACUCCCCAGGCGGUAAAAGUCCGCGCAGACAUGGAAGUGGCCUGCUACAACUACGACGGCAUCGACGCCGUGAAGGCCGCCCUGCGCGCCGGUCUGGCGCUCUCCUCGGAGGACGCCCCCAUCAAGAUCAACCUGAUCGCGCCGCCCGUGUACGUCAUGACCACCACCACCCUGGAGCGGCAGGAGGGCCUGACCCUGCUGGAGAAGGCGCUCAAGGCCGUCAAGGAGUGUAUUGAGAGUGAGAAGUACCGCGGACGCUUCAACAUUCAGAUGGCGCCGAAAGUGGUGACAGAUACGGAUGAGACGCAGUUAGCCAAACAGCUGGAGGCGCUGGAAUUGGCCAACCGCGAAGUGGCCGGCGAUGACGACUUUGAGGAGGAUGUGCCCGACACGGGCGCCGUACCGGCCGGAGACGAAGGCGCUCCCGAUGCGGAAUAGAGAGAAAAUUCUGUUUUUUUUAUUAAAAUGUUGUUUUUCCGUAAUGGUGUAAUCACAGAUUUUGCGUUUUCCACUUAACAUGUUAAACUGGCAUCGAUGAAUGCCUGUAUCUUUGUAUGAUGCAGGCAUCAGUCUCCUCUAAUGCGAUUUGUUAUAAUGGGAACACAUGGUGAAAUUUUUAUUGGACGGUCAUCUGGAAAUAAUUUAAUUUUGUUCAAAUCUGGAAGAAAUGAACUACUGUGAAAAUUUACACGAUUGAC